CUCAAAAAUUGGAGAUAUCUAGGAUUCCUGUCCUUUUCCAACAGAUAUAGAUCAGCCGUGUAGUCAGUAUCCUCGACAAAAUUCACUUCAAAUAAUAUGUCUUCAUGUACUGCAAUUUUUAAACUUCUAAACGAUAAUUGUUCGACCAUCUAUCGAAGACCUCUCUUAGGAACAGUCGAAUUAUCAUUGAUAAAACCGUGAGCUUCUAUGUCACUAUAUCUCUUUCUGCUUUUCCUAAGAAACAAUGUUUACAAUGUCUCAAGUCCUCCUCCUAUAAAACCAGCACAUUCCCGCCUUUUCACACACACUUGCGAUCACACAAUGGACACAGGCCAAGGUGUGUUGUCAGCUCUUGACAAUGCUAAGACUCAAAACUACCACUUCAUGGCAAUCGUGAUAGCUGGAAUGGGAUUCUUCACUGAUGCAUACGAUCUCUUUUGCAUCACUGCUGUGACCAAACUCAUAGGUCGCCUCUAUUACUUCGACCCCUCGACUCAUAACCCAGGAAAACUUCCUCAGCAAGUAAACAACGCCAUAACUGGGGCUGCCUUGUGCGGCACCCUGGUAGGGCAACUCUUCUUUGGCUGGUCAGGCGACAAGCUUGGCCGAAAAAAAAUGUAUGGGGUCACUCUUGUGACUAUGGUCGGAUGUGCCUUGGGCUCAGGGCUUUCCUUUGGCUCCACGGCGAAAAGUGUGAUCACUACCCUUUGCUUCUUUAGGUUUUGGCUGGGAUUUGGCAUUGGAGGAGACUACCCUUUAUCAGCCGUUAUAAUGUCGGAAUAUGCCAAUCAGAAAAACCGUGGGGGGUUUGUUGCUGCUGUUUUUGCAAUGCAAGGGGUGGGAAUAUUGGUUGCUGGAGUUGUAGCCAUGGUUGUCUCCAAAUUGUUCUUAGCAGCCUACCCUGCUGUCAAUUUUGCAAUUGAUCCUGUAAUGUCUACCCAACCGGAGGGCGAUUUUGUUUGGCGAAUUGUGCUCAUGUUCGGGGCGAUCCCAGCAGCCCUAACCUUUUACUGGAGAAUCAAAAUGCCAGAAACCGCUAGGUAUACUGCACUGGUGGAAGGUGAUAUCAAGAAGGCUGCUUUGGAUAUGGCUAAAGUUCUUCAAAAGGAAAUACCUGUCGAAGAUUCAAGUUUCAGGUCUGUUGUAAACCCAAUUCCCUCUUAUGGAUUCCUGUCCUCAAAGUUUCUUGAGAGACAUGGGCUUCAUCUUCUUGGGACUACUAGCACAUGGUUCUUGCUGGAUAUUGCAUUCUACAGUCUUCAACUCGCACAGAAAGAUUUAUUAUCAACUAGUGGGCUUGUACGCAAGGCAUCGACCAUGAGUGCCAUAGAAGAGGUGUUUCAACUCUCCAGAGCUAUGUUUGUGGUGGCCUUGUUUGCCACAGUUCCUGGAUACUGGUUCACAGUGUUUUUUAUUGACAAAAUUGGAAGGUAUAUAAUCCAGCUCGGUGGCUUCUUUCUGAUGUCUAUGUUCAUGAUGAUCCUUGGAUAUAAUUACGAAAAAUACAAGGGGGGAAAUGAUGAUUGUCAACAAGGGUACAAACUCGAAUAUUGUAAUGGCAAUCCCAAGAUGUUUGCCAUACUUUUCGGACUCACCCUCUUCUUUGCUAACUUUGGCCCCAAUAGCACAACAUUUAUAGUGCCUGCAGAGCUAUUCCCAGCUCGGUUCCGUUCAACCUGCCAUGGAAUAUCAGCAGCUGCAGGAAAAGCAGGUGCCAUCAUUGGUGCCUUUGUGGUGCAAAGCUACACAAGUGAUAACUCAACAAGAAAGACUCGAAGGGCAAUUAUGGCACUUUCAAUUGUCAACAUGACUGGAUUCUUUUGCACCCUCUUGGUUCCAGAAACAAAAGGUCGAUCGCUGGAAGAUAUCUCAGAAGACAAGGAGCUCGAGAGAAAUCAUUCUGUAAAUUAUGUACAUGAGAAAGCAGAUGAGAAGGGGGAAACAAGAAGCAAUAGUGUUGAUAAACCUCCCUUUGACACCAUAAGUGUCUGAUUCCUUUGCAUAUGGCUCUAGUCCUGAGAACUAUCGUCAAUAGAAUAAGAGGAAGAACCAAGAAAAACAGUACUUGUUGCAGGAAUAUCUUGGCACUUCCGAGUUAUGUGCAUCAAAUAAAGAUCUUCCUAAUAUACUAUAGCUUAUCCAGGAAGAACCAAAUAAGUCAUGCUUGUUCCUGUAACUUCUACAGAAAGUACUUCUAUGUUGUGUGUUGUAUAAUGUUCUUCCCAUCAGAACAAAUAUAAUAAAUGUUUGUUUUUGAAAGCUUUCACCGUAAGCUUUUCUAUUUAAAUCUAUGUACUCAAAUUUUAAUUGCUUCCUUGUUACCUACAAUUGGUGAA